AUGAGCCGUGAUCACGAACAAGACCCGUUUGGGCUGAGGCGACGAGCGCUUGGCGGUACGGCCGACGAUGCGCCCACGGCCACGACCACGACCACGCCAAAAACUGUACAGCCAUCGCAAGCAACCGUGAACCCAACCCAGUCGUCGGACUCGGACAAGUCGCACGCUCCACUAGGCAAAACCCCGGAUGGCAAAGGUCAGUCAGUGAUGCGAGCGAUGUACUGCGUGCUCAGCUCGUCGCGGGUCAGCCCAACGGCGUCGUGCAUCUAUCACAUGUCACGCAUCUCGCAUGGCGUCGCGCAUGGAGACGACCGGUCGGGUCGGCUCACGCCGGUCGUGACGUGGCAGCAGCCGCACACCACACAUCAGUGCUGACCAUACCCCACGAUCUGUGCCCACGGCUUCGUCGAUUGGCGACGGCCACCAGUGUUCUGUAUUCCUCAGACACACGAUAUGCUGUCGUCCUUGUUCGACCCCAGGCUGCCCAAAUCAGUUGAGUUGAGGAUCCAGACUCCAAGCGCGCCUCCGUCUUGCAAUUGAUGAAACAUGCACUAACCGAUUCUGACGUCGACAUGUGUCACAUGCACCGUCAUCGCUUUGCCGGACUAUCCCUCUAUCCCUCUGUCCCUCUGUCCCUCUAUUGCUCAAUCGCGCCCGUCUUCUCCGUCCUCUCGUCUCGUCUUGCUCGUUUGCAGCACAUCGACCUGCUCACCUUGUUUCUACUCGCCGCACAAGUGGUGCUAUUCUUGUCGCUACCGCUCGCGAGAUCGCGCUAUUUCUUCCUUGGCUAUUUCGCAUUGUGGAGGCUCGCGUACGACUGCGGGCUCGGCGUCGUACUCAAGCGGCAGAGCGAACACAGGUGGAUCGUGCGCACAGUGGUCAGACAAGGUUGGAUGGAUCCAUCUCGUAGACCGCGCGUGCAUCGGUGGGUCACCAGCGAGCUCAAGGCCAAGAUGGGCGCGGAUUAUGCUUUCGACGUGAGUCGCGCUUCGGAAUGUCGCCGUCGUCCAUCUGCGCCCAUCACGGCGCAUGCUUCUUCUGACGGCACUCCGAUGCUUGAUGGUUUGGAGCUGUCUUGCUCACGUUUGGUGUGCUCCCUCUUCUCUGCCUGCGCCACGCACUAGGCGGUACCGAUCGAGUUCAACGUGAGUGCCAUGCACUGACUUCAAGCGCUUUCGCCAGUGAUCGUAGCCGGUACUCAUCUCGCCACGUCAUGAUGUGCAGGUCUGGAUCAUGUUCCGACACUUUGUCGACGUUAUCCUCCUCAACGACUUCCUAUCGUAUUUCUUUUUCGCCCUGUCAUUCCUGCAAACCCCGCCCGGUCAUUCGACCGCCUUCCAUGUGCUGCGUUGGAUCGGCGGCGUGACGCUCAUCUUGUUCAACCUUUGGGUCAAAGUCGAUGCGCAUCGGAUUGUCAAGGAUUAUGCGUAAGUCUCAUCCGAUGCGACGUCCUUAUCGAGUUCGAUGCCCGUCGGAACUCUGACUGCAGCACUGCACGACGCAGCUGGUACUGGGGCGACGCCUUUUUUUUGAGCCUGCAAGAAUUGGUCUUUGAUGGUGUAUUCGAAGUAAGUCUCUGCAUGUGCCCCGGGAACUCCGUGCUCGGCCUGGAUUGUGGAAGACCGCUGGCUUGACCAUGUACUUACUCCACAGUUCGCUCCGCACCCGAUGUACUCGGUGGGCUAUGCGGGUUACUAUGGCUUGUCGCUACUGGUGGCCUCGCCAACAGUCUUGGUUGUUUCGAUACUGGCGCACGCCUGUCAAUUCGGGUUUCUGGUGUACUUUGAGAAUCCUCGUGAGCUUUCAACUUGCGCAGCAAAAAUCCAGACGCAAGCUCGGUGCCCGUCUAACGAACGAGCUUGCGCAUGCACAGACAUUGAGCGAACAUAUGGUCAGCGCAAACCUUUGGCCGCCCGAACAGCUCAAGCGCCGAUCUCUGGGCCAGCAGUAUCGAUGUUACCAGCUGUGUCACCCCAUGUAGCUGAUGGCCCAAUCACGGAGCCGUCCACACCAGACUUGACGGACCACGCGUCCACAGGGUCGGAGUCGGAGUUCGAAGCAGCUCCCGCUUUCUCGGCAUCCCGGGCGGGCCACUCGCCAAAGAAGCAGGGUCAGCCACCCCAGGCGAGUAGCUCGCCCCAAUAUGGCGCAUCUCUAGAUCCGACGCUGGAGCCGACUGUUCGACGUCGCAGGGUGGUUGCGACACGCCACGAUCUCGACAACCACUACUUCCGCAACGACCUCCUCAUCUUCAAGAACCUCGACGUUUUCCGGUAAGCGACUUUGACCCUGUGAAUCCAACUGGGCUCGGUAUCAGCGCCCUCACGUCGCCUUCUUGCAACAGCAAUCGUGAUUUGGCCUUCCUCCUGGUCGUCUUCUACGGCGCGGUUGGAGUCUUCAUGCCACCGCUUGGCCCUCAAGCGCAAAUUUCGCUCGCUUUCGUGCAUACACUCGCAUGGCGCUGCUUCCAUUCGUUCGGGCUCGGGUCCGCGCUGAAGGCGCAAAGCGAGCGCAAAUGGAUUGUCCGUCACUUCCUGAAGCACUAUCACUACGAAGUCGAAGGAGAGGUGCGUCGGCGUAUUUGAUCGAGUUGGCUGGUGGCUCCUACAGGCCUGGAUUGCAAGAUUGACUGUGCUCGCAUCGAUUUGUGCCCAGGCUGUCGACGACGCAUUCAAGAAUUGGAAGGCCACGUACAACAUGAGUUUGUGCAUGUCUUAUGGUAGGCUUAUCGCGAUGCAUCGUUAUCCUCGAUAUCAAGCUCAUUCCUUAACUCGAACGCUUUGUCAGCCUCGUUCGGUGCACUGGCGUGGAAAUGUUACAGUCUUCCAGUAGACUGGACCGUUGGGGCUCAGCUCGUUCGACACGUGCUUGGUAUCGUGAGUCUAAUCUGACGCAUGUCCUCUGCCAGGCCGAGACGAGGUGACCGGCGAGCAGCUGAAAUGCGUGGCGGUCGCUUCAGUCGCUAGUUGCCUUGCACCUUUGGACAACUCAGUCCACGUUGGAGGUUUUGGGUCCUUUCGGGUGGUUCUACGGUCAGUUGUGGCUCUGAGAGGGGUGCAAAGCAGCGGCUCCGCACCAAUUUCUGCCCCAGCCAGUAUUCGGAGCCUCUGACCAGUCCCCUGAAACAUCCUCGGUUCGAGCCAUAGGGGAUUUCUUUAUACAGGACUACCCUCAUGAGCUGUACUAUACUGGCAUAUUCCGAUUCCUCAACAACCCAGAGCGGUCAAUGGGCGGUGCAGCUUUUUUCGGCAUGGUGCUCAUUUCAGGCAGCAAGCUCCUGCUGUCCCAGGCCGUGAUCGCCGUUGCUGCGCAUUGGUGGUUCCUUAGUGUUGUGGAAAAGUAUGUGGCUCUUCAACAAUAUUUGGCCCCGUCCGCGCAGCUGACUACGACGACUUGUCUACGUUUCGCUGCUGGACAUUCUAGCCCGCACAUGCGCAGAUUGUAUGGCAACACGCUUCGGCAGGACGCAGGAGUGACCAAAACCAUUAGGGGUGUGGCCGCUCGUAACGCGCAUGUAUUUGGUGGCGUCAGUCGAAGCGUGAGGGAGGUCCAAGGUUCUUUCGAGAAGGUACUCGACGAGACCGCCGACGUUCUAGAAGACUUCCUGAACCGCUGUAAGUUGUACAAAUGACAGUCCUCUCGAUCUUCAUCAACUUCUCGCGCUGAUCUGUCCGACUGUGGCGCCUUGUCAAUGCAUUUUACCCUCCACAGCUGGUCCAAUUGUCAAAGGUUACGUCAAUGAAACGAAAGUGCUGCUCAAGCAAACGAGUGAACGCCUGGUGAUCAGGUGCGAGUACCUCUCAGCGGCCUCGAAUAUGUACAGGGAUCUCAGCUUGCCCCUCAUUCGUGCAGCCGUGUCGCUCACGAUCUCGAUGAGUACGAUGCGUCAAAGUAUGGCCUUAUGUUGAGCGCGCCCCAAUCCAGGUCGCUCCGACGGUCCGGUGGCACAGAAGGCGAUAAUCCGAGCUUUCAUCUCGGCCAGCUUAUCAGGGUGCAGUGGCAGGCACCGCUUAACCACUCGAGGAAAGAUUGGAUCGGCAUCUAUCGCCAAUGCGCGAACAAGGGUCAGCUUGUGACGCGCGUAUCAAGCCAGGGCCGGUGGCUGGGAGUGCACGAGCAUGAGUGGCGGGGAGACAAAUAUGAAGGCACAAACGGGUCAGGCACCGAGGACUCAAAGGAUUCUAAACACGAGUUGGCGAGUGGCUUUGUGACGUUCUCUGGCGCGCGGCUUCCGUGGUCAACAGGAUCGUACGAGAUCCGGUCAGUCCCUGCACAGAUAUCGCUGCCGAGGGGAGAUACCUAGACACUGACACGGUUUCAGCUGUCUCAGAUACCACCAUGAUGGCAAGCACAGUGUCAUGACCCGAGUCGAGCCAGUACAUAUCUACGGUCCGUUAAACACCUCCUGCAUCGCACCUCUACGCCGCCCUCGUUGAUAUGGCUUCUGACCACUCACAGUCGAGGAGCCCAACGAUGCCAACGACCCACAAGAUAUUUACGAGACAUUGACUGUCAUUGUUGCACAUGCUCUCGCCUCCGACCCCGAGGCAAGGCCCAAGUCAGCUUCUCGCCUGCUCGAAUUCGACGAUAACCGUUCCCAAAACGACACAGCUUCUUCAGAGGCGUUUCGGGGGAGCAAUGACAACAGCGGGCCUGGAUUGGUCUUCUCGGACAAGGACGACUUUGCGAUCUACUCAGUCGCCGACGCAAAGCACAUCGCCUACGCCAUCAGAGAGGCGUUCGAAGUGGAGCUCACGAGCGAGGUCAUCAUGGCAGCAGCGAACGUCAUGAGACUCGCCAAUCGCAUAGUCGAAGCUCGAAAGGUGCUUCUGGCUACGAAAGCCGACGAUCGCCGGUGA